CUAACCCGUUCUAAGCAUUUCUACAGAUUUCUCAUGCAGUUGUUACCUUACCUUGAAGCAGGAGCAACGAGAAUACCUCUGAGUACCUCGUACUACUUGGGAUCAAUUGCUGCAUUGAUUUACGCUCAAAAUGUCUUGGCUGGCGUUAAACCCACCACGAUGUCGACAUCUGUCAAACGGAUUUUGGCAACUCCUCUGAUCUUGACAGAUCUUCUAUUUCCGGUCUUCGUUAGAGAUGGCGCAAACUCUUGGAACUUGCUUGGUGCAACCAUUCCAUUUAUGGCAUUUCUCCGAUUUCUUGAUCUUUUCUGGGUUGCCCCCAUGGUACAGGGCGUUGAAGCGUUCGCCACACAAAGAUACUUGCAUGAAGAAUUCUGGUCAUGUUUACGUAAAUUCCCUAAAACGAAGGAAGAAGAAGAAAAAUAUGUCAAAGACAAGAAAUUCUAUCAUAUUAUACCACAUUAUCUUAUUCAUGCUAUUAUUUCUGACAUUAUCAAUACUUGGUUCAAAACGUUCACCGAGGAAGAGCUUCUAAGUACAUACACCAAGAAUCCUAUCUUUUUCUUUGGAUAUUUCUGUAUGGUUUUGGCUUCUAUGUGUGCUGGUUUCAAUGCGAACGGUUACCUAUUACGGUUUAUUUAUGUCCUUAUUUAUGAAAAGGGUUCUUAUUGCAGCGCCCAAUGGCGUAGAUUGAUGGAGUUUCCUCUUUGCGCUACAUCCCUCGGUGACAUUUGGUCCUUCCGUUGGCAUCAAGCUUUAAAGCCCACCUGGCGCAACCUUCCUUUUGCUGAAGUUCGUAUCCUGAGCGAGCGUGUGUUCCGUAAAUGUGGCAUUAAAAGCUUCAAGCGUCUCGGAAUUAUGGCGGCGGCUCUUUCUGUUUUCAUGAUCUCUGGCGUGUUACAUGAAUACCUUGUAUACGUCAAUGCUGGUCUGAAAGAGUAUAGGCUUCUUCGCGGUGAGGAAAUGGCUUUCUUUACUAUUCAUGGUGUAGCCGUUAUGGUGGAAAAGUUUGUCAGCAAGGCCUGCGGAAACCAGCCCUGGACAAAGAGCCAGCUUGUCAUGAUUUUGAGACGGGUUUGGACGCUCGGUUUCGCCUGUUUAACAAUCCCGUUAUUCCUGCGGGGUUUCAUGGUGAUCAAUUCAUGGUACUCGGGCGCGUUCACCCCUUUUGAACCUCAAAUCUUAGGAAUAAUGCACCAAAUUCCUGGAAUGCAUCGUUUGUGUGGAAGUCUAUUUUGAAAGUAAGAAGGUCUGCCGAACAUCUCCACUUCCCAGUAAUCUGUAUUUAAUGGACCGCUGGCUUACUAAGCCAGCGGAAAAUAGACUGCAAAUCUAGCAUCCCGCUGGGUUUUUUCUUUUUUCCUUUUAUUUUAUUUUAUCACUGUACUUUCACUCCAAUUGUUAAUGUCUAUUAUUAUAGUAAUAAAAAACGCG